GCAGUGUGUACCCCGCAGUCUGUUUCACCGGCUGUCCUGUAUUCCAGGAGGCCGGCAUCUUCAGUGUGGGCACCCGGCUGUGACAGCUUGCGGCUUCACAGCCGGGUACCCACUGCGCAUGCGCGAGUAGCGCUGCGCUUCAUGAAUGGUCCUGUAGUCAUCUGGGACCUGUCACAUGUCCCAAAAGACUACAGGGAGGGAGAGAGGACACAUUCCGCUUCUGGUCGCCUAGGCGAUCGGAACAGAAGUGGAAGAGAGUACCUGUCAAAUUCGGGUACCCGCUCCCCAAGGUGCCAAUCC